AUGGAAGAAAAGAGCAAGCCAGACAUCCCAAUAGCGUUGAAAACAAAGCCAUCUCGCUGGCACACAAAAGAGUUUUACUUUUACUACGUUUGUUUCUGUAUUGUGGUGCCUUACAUGUUCAAAGUGACAUACAAUUUAAGCAAAGAAUCACAUCCCAAUUAUCACUUGUAUCAAGAUCUAUUAUCAGAGGGUUGGUUGUUUGGACGGAAAGUAGACAACAGUGAUGCACAGUACGGUCAAUUUCGUGAUAAUAUACCCAAACUAUUGCCCUUGGUUCUAUUACAUCUCGCUCUCAACAAGGCCAAUCGCAUCUAUCACUGGAUCCAGUCGAACUUGCAUUUCUCUCUAUUGACGUCCCUAUUGACAGUAUUUCUAUUUCACGGCUCCAGCACAUUCAAAAUCUUAUUCAUUAUCACUGUCAGCUUCAGCAUUGGACAUUGUUACAAAGGAUCCAAGUGGAAUCCUAUCUUGACGUGGCUAUUCAAUUUGCUGGUGCUAUUUGUCAAUGAAUAUUACGAUGGAUAUCGAUUUGCCCACAUGUUUGGACAAGGAUUUCAGUGGUUGGACGAUUGGGAGGGAUUUCAAGCGAGAUGGCAUAUCCUGUUCAAUUUCGCCAUGCUUCGUUUAGUGUCAUUCAACAUGGAUUAUUACUGGGCUUUCAAUAGUGAAGACAAGAAGGUCAAAGGACACCCUGCCCAUGAAGCGCCUCACACAGACAAGGAGAGAAUCAACAACCCCCUAUUGGAGAGCGAUUACAACUAUACCAACUUUUUAGCCUAUGUCUUGUAUACACCAUUGCUGCUGUGUGGUCCUAUUAUCACGUUCAACGAUUUCAUUUCUCAGUAUCGAUUCCCCUCCCCAAAUCUCUCCAAACGCUACGUUAUCACCUACGCAUUUCGACUUGUCAAUGUCAUUCUGGUAAUGGAAUUUACCUUGCACUACUUGUAUGUUGUAGCGAUCAGCAAGGCCAAGGCAUGGGACGGUGCUUCACCGCUCGAGCUCAGUAUGGUCGGCUACUUCAAUCUGGUAAUCAUUUGGAUGAAAUUACUGAUCCCCUGGCGAUUCUUCAGAUUAUGGUCAUUGGCAGACGGCAUUUGGGUAGAGGAGAACAUGGUGCGCUGUAUGAGCAACAACUUUUCGGCGCAAAGAUUCUGGAAGAGUUGGCACCGAAGUUUCAAUCGCUGGACGAUUCGAUAUAUUUAUAUCCCAUUGGGAGGCUCCAAGUACUUUGCCUUUAGUAUGUGGGUUGUAUUUACAUUUGUGGCUUUAUGGCAUGACAUUGAAUUGAAGCUGCUGGCUUGGGGAUGGCUGAUCUGUUUGUUUUUACUGCCUGAAAUCAUUGCUACUCGAUUAUUCAGCGAAAAGAAGUACGGUGAUAAACCUUAUUAUCGUUUUGUGUGUGGAUUAGGUGCAGUAGCCAAUAUCUUGAUGAUGAUGAUUGCUAAUCUGGUUGGUUUUGCUGUGGGUGUUGAUGGCGUCAAGGAAAUGCUGACCAAAAUAUUUGGCACAGCUAAUGGAUUAUCCUUUUUGAUCACUGUUACUAUCUGUUUAUUUAUUGCUGUUCAAAUCAUGUUUGAAAUUCGCGAAAGCGAGAAGAGAAGAGGUGAUCCCAAGUGGAAAAUGUGA